UCGUAGGCUAAUUUGUGACGCGAAAGGCUUCUCCUCUCUAACUCUCCUCUCUAAUAAACAAAUAUGGCUUCCAUCCUUGGAUCAAUGUCAGCACUGAAGUGUAUCAAUCGUCUUUAUUCUACUGUUUCAUGCAGAUGCUUCAGUGCUACAUCUGUCAAUAGAUAUGAAAAACGCAAUGAACCUGAAAUUUUGGAUGCUAAGGAAGUUUUAUUAGAUCCUGAAAAAAAAACUCAGCUAAAAAAGUUGCAGAAAGAAAUGUCAGCCCCAGCUUUGAGUGACAUAACGCCACUGACUGGAGUCCCUGACGAACAUGUGAAGGGAAGGUUGGUUCGAAUAUUUCGACCCGCGAAGAAUCCUAUGCAGUCUGGCACAUUCAACACAAGAAAAUGGAAAAUGGAAUUUGAGACCAGACAAAGAUGGGAAAAUCCUUUAAUGGGGUGGUCAUCUACUGGGGAUCCCCUAUCAAAUAUGAAUGUACAGUUUUCAAGCCAAGAAGAAGCCAUCAAAUUUUGUGAAAAAAAUGGAUGGCCUUAUUACAUUGAUGAACCAGCUGUUUCUACCGUCAAGAAAAAAAGUUAUGGUGCAAAUUUUGCUUGGGAUAAGCGAACAAGGGUUUCAACAAAAUAGUUUAUUGUAUAUAAAUUUAGUGAUUGUAAGCAAUAUACAUAUGUGAAUAAAAUUCAAACUAUCUUGAAA